AGAGUUUGGUGGAUUAAAUGUAUUACACUGUUAAUAAUUUUAGUUGUGGUUAACUUGUAGUUUUUAAGACAGCUAUAAAAAUGAACUUCUCUGACUUUUCCAUUAUGAUGUAUUAUUCAUCUUUGUGUUAACAAGAGUGAUGAAAAAUGUAGGCUUUGGGCAGGUUUAGGCUUGGUAAAUUAUAGUUUAUAGCUUUACCCAGUUUAUUUCUCACAUGCUAAUCUCAAUGGUGUAGUUCACAGAUUCCUGCUCAUUUUCAUUCCCUGCUCAUUUGCACGGACCUUGGCUGUGGAAGGUGCGUGUGAGGGCUGGUCACAGACAGAAACGGUGAUAAAACAGGGCUGUACGAUUCUUUAGCACUUUUGUAGCUUAGCAAGCUUCAGUGGGGAGUACAUCUGUGCCUAAGGUCUUUUGCAAAAUUUCUAGGUUGCUUAAUUUAACUAUGAAUGGGCUCUGAGAGGUGUAAUUAAUGAAACCAGAGUUCACCCAGCUAGUUGGACUGCCUACGGAACUGGUCUGACACAGUGGUUUUCACCAGUGUUAUCUGCGUGUUACUGGGGAUCCCUCACUGGGAUCCCUCGCUCAGGGCAUAUAGGUUCGGGUAAGAUGAAGCACACACAGACUUUUCUGAAAUGUGCGUCUUUACAGUAUUUGGAGGGAAACACUUUUAGAAUUUUACAGAUGACUAUGCAUAUGAUUUAUAAGAUCUUUGCAAGGGAACAGUGUGAUUGGCAUUUGUUCUCCCGGGUACAAUUAUUCUUUGUGUAUAAUUUGUUCUAGAGCACAGAACUGCAGUGUGCCGGCAUGAGCCUCCCACCUACGGGAGAAAAAUGGCAACAGUGCUCAGUUGUCACAGAGGCUUUAUCAUUUGAAUCUGCUUGCAACAAGCUGAUGUGGCAUUGCUUCCCCAGAACAUGUCUUUUAUUUGUCACAGAUAUCUUAAACUUUUUAUCUAAGCUAGAAUGCCUUACAGUAGGAAAAUAAGGCCAAAAGGUACAAACAUUCCUGUCAUCUCUCUGCAGUAUCAUUUAAGGCCCAGCAUUGAAAACCAGUGAAUGUUUUUUUUUCCUGAAGAUGGGAACUGGGUAUUCCUAGUCCAACAAGCCUGAGGUGAAAGAAGAGACUCUGGAGGGGUGAGGUGAUGUGGUUAUUGGGCAUAUAAGACUCAAAAUCAGUGACCGAAUGCUGAGUCUUAGACGCUCAUGUUUUUGUAGCUCUGGACUGGGGAGAGGUCCUUCUGGAGAAGAAUUUGAAAUUGCCUGUCUAUGAUUAGUGCUUGAAUGUCAAGGGAUAAGUUAUUUUGCAUGUUGGAAUGAAUCUCUUAGCUCCUUCGCGUCAUACCCCGAACGGUGCAUGUCUUGCAAAAGCAUGCACACUAUGCUGCUUUGAGGUAUAGAGUCCAAGUAUUAAUAAGUUUGUGGGUGAAAUGCUGCUAAAUAUGGGAAACUUGUCAGAUAGCAGGGAGAUUAAAGAUGAGGUUUAUUUUGGGAGCUUUAUGUGUAUGUGACAGACACAAAGCUGGGGUACUUGCAGAGAACCACUUAAGGUGGUUGAGAAUUUUAAUGUCUAACAGAAGCCGAUUUUGGAUGGCAUUUUACUUAAUUUUCCUUAAUAUGAAUGUAAGGGGGUCUUUUUCAAAACAGAGUGGGUUUUUUUCUGGUAAUACUAGUAAUUCCUUUUGUACAAGGAGGAGGAGAGUUAGGGGGCACAUGACAGAGCGUAGCAUCCGUAACACGUUAAGAAAUAUGGUACUUUUACUGCAUCUGUUGAAUGCUUGAGCAAGCUCUUUGGUCCGAGGGCCAAAGAUGUCUGGGGACGUCAGAAAGAAUAGAACUGCAGUGCAAACUCCACUGAAUGUAAAACCUCACCAGCAGUGCAUUGUCACGUUACUGGAGGUGUUUGAGUACUUAUAUGUUAAAACUAAUUCUCAAAUUUAAUCUUCUUAAUUUCUUGUCUUACUGACUAAAAUAAUUGCUUCAUUUUUCUUGUAUCUUCACAAACAGUUUAGUUCAGGAAGCUCAAGCAAUGGAUGUGCUUCACAAGCUAUGGGCCUUAGUAAUGAAAAUGAAGAGUCACUAUCCUAAUCUGGGAAAAAAGCUGUGUAAAAUGAGCCGUCAGACUGCUACAGCACUACCUACAGGUACUUCAAAGUGUACGCCAUCACAGAGGGUGCCUGCGCUGACUGGCACUACAGCGUCCAAUAAUGACUUGGCUAGUCUCUUUGAGUGUCCUGUGUGUUUUGACUAUGUGCUGCCACCAAUUCUUCAGUGUCAGAGUGGCCAUCUUGUUUGUAGCAACUGUCGCCCCAAACUUACGUGCUGUCCAACUUGCCGAGGCCCGCUGGGCUCCAUUCGUAACCUGGCUAUGGAGAAAGUUGCCAAUUCUGUACUGUUCCCAUGUAAAUAUGCCUCCUCCGGAUGUGAGAUAACUUUGCCACACACAGAAAAAGCAGACCAUGAGGAUCUGUGUGAGUUUAGGCCUUACUCCUGUCCAUGUCCUGGUGCUUCAUGUAAAUGGCAAGGUUCUCUGGAUGCUGUAAUGCCACACCUGAUGCAUCAACAUAAGUCAAUUACAACACUUCAGGGAGAAGAUAUAGUGUUCCUUGCUACAGACAUUAAUCUUCCUGGUGCUGUUGACUGGGUUAUGAUGCAGUCUUGUUUUGGCUUUCAUUUCAUGUUAGUAUUGGAGAAGCAGGAAAAAUAUGAUGGUCACCAGCAGUUCUUUGCAAUUGUACAGCUGAUAGGAACACGCAAGCAAGCAGAAAACUUUGCUUAUCGACUUGAGUUAAACGGUCAUAGGCGGCGAUUGACUUGGGAAGCAACUCCUCGAUCUAUUCAUGAGGGAAUUGCAACAGCCAUUAUGAAUAGUGACUGUCUAGUCUUUGACACCAGCAUUGCACAGCUCUUUGCAGAAAAUGGCAAUUUAGGCAUCAAUGUAACUAUAUCCAUGUGUUGAAAUGGCAAUCAAACCUCUUCAGGCCAGUGUUUAAAACCAUUGCAUUUAAUUUAGCAGAAACUAGGGUAACCAUCUUUGACUGUCAGCCAAAUUAUUUGGUAGAUGGAGGGUAGAUGUAUAUGAAGGUAAAUAAAAUGAAAGGCUGUUAAAUUACAGGAAGCAGUUGCAUGUAGUAACACUAAUAUAUUUAAAAUAAGUCAACAGUAAACCACUGAGAAUAUAUAUACACCCAAAAUGGGCAUCUUUUGUAUUAAGAAUUGAUUCUACAGGAAAUGUUGUAAAAUAAUUCUAAGAACUUGUUUGUAGAUUGAUUGUACUGUUGAAAAGGAUACUGUUUCGUGUUUUUGUUGUGUUUUUUUCCUCCCCCCUUUGACUGACAAGCCAUGUUGAGCAGCCUGGCCUCUGGCUGCUGCUUCCCUUCCUACCCCCGCCCCCCCUUUGUAAGUCACUAUAUAGUAUUGCUGCUGUUUGUGUAUAUUUUUUGUGUAUUUGCUAAUUUUUAUUAACUUCUAGUUUUUCAUUAAAUAAAUGACUUUCUUUUCUGUAA